CUCCUCCCAUUUUCCACACCAACAGUUGCAGCAGUCUUCAUUUUGUCUAAAAAAGGAAAAUGCCAGGCCUCACCAUUGGAGACACAGUGCCCAACCUUGAAGUUGAAACCACCCACGGGACAUUCAAGCUUCAUGACUACUUCAACAAUGGGUGGACCAUCAUUUUCUCUCAUCCUUCUGAUUUCACGCCUGUGUGUACGACGGAACUGGGGAAGAUGGCGGCUUACCUGCCGGAGUUUGAAAAACGAGGGGUUAAGCUUCUAGGUUUCUCUUGCGAUGAUGUGCAGUCACACAAGGAGUGGAUCAAAGAUGUUGAAGCCUACACGCCUGGGUGCAAGGUGGCAUACCCAAUCGUGGCAGAUCCCAAGAGAGAGAUCAUUAAGCAACUUAACAUGGUGGACCCAAAUGAAAAAGACUCUUCAGGGAACGAGCUCCCAUCUAGAGCUCUGCAUAUCGUGGGCUCUGAUAACAAGAUAAAGCUGAGCUUUCUGUAUCCAGCAACCACAGGGCGAAACAUGGAUGAAGUGAUGCGGGCAGUGGACUCACUGCAGAAGACAUCGCAGUACAAAGUGGCGACACCGGCGAACUGGAAACAAGGGGAGCCGGUAGUGAUUUCGCCAUCGGUGCCCAACGAGGAAGCCAAAAAAAUGUUCCCUCAAGGUUUUGAGACCAAAAACCUCCCAUCAGGGAAGGAUUACCUGCGCUUUACUAACGUCUGAAUUACAUAUAUGAUGGCUAAGAACUUUUGUACUGCAACAAUUGUCUUUCAAGUUUUACUAUGUAAGCACCGCUUGCAAUUUCGGUUAAAUAAUAAUAAAAAAGUUGUACUUGGAUAAAA